UAGACACUCCGCUCCCUGGUAGACUAUUGGUCAAAUAAUGCCCCCUGUGGACAUAGCUGUAUUUCAUUACUGGGUAACGAACAUCAUUAGGAUGCCGGAGGCCAGUCAUUGGUGAGUCAAACUGUCUGCAAAAACGUCAGGAGAUUAUCGGCGCACAGCUGGAAUGCAAGGUUGAUUCACAAAGAAGAGUGAGGAGGUAGAGAGACAACGCUGAAGACACCAGUCGGACGGAUACACACCGCACAGGAGCCAUCACAGCAUUUGGACUGAGCACACCCAUCUCUCUCUCUCUCUCUCUCUCUCGCUCUCGCUCUCGCUCUCUCGCUCUGUAGCCAUGAAGGGGGACCAUUUAUUUUCCAACCUGAGAAACGCCACAUUCUACCAGCGGGUCUACCUACUGGGGGGCGAGGAGCUGCUGGUACUGCAAAGCACUGUGGGACAUCCCGCGCUGGGCGACAGCUUCCACCAGAUCACAGACUUUAACGACCUGCCCACCUCCCUUUUCGCCUGCAACGUGGACCAGUCUGUGUUUGAGGAUCAGGAGGGCAAGGAGAUGUUCGAGGCCCUGUUCCUGGCCUACGAUGAACGGGUGACGUUUCAGCUGUUCAAGAGCUUCCGGCGUGUCCGCAUCAACUUCAGCAACCCCAAAGCAGCCGCCAGCGCCAGGAUAGAGCUGCACGAAACGCCCUUCAGGGGCAAGAAGCUCAAACUCUACUUCGCCCAGGUCCAAAACCAAGUAUCAGAAGGUGAUAACCUGCACCUGGCUCCUCCCCAGCCCUCUAAACAGUUCCUCAUCUCCCCUCCCGGCUCGCCGCCCAUUGGCUGGCAGCAGAUAGACGAGACCACGCCCGUCAUCAACUACGACCUGCUCUAUGCUGUGGCCAAGCUGGGCCCUGGAGAGAAGUUUGAGCUGCAUGCAGGAACAGAGUCCACCCCCAGCGUCGUAGUCCACGUCUGCGACAGCGACACCGAGGAGGAGGAGGAACCAAAGAAUUGCCCCAAACCUAAAAUCAUCCAGACCCGGCGCCCCGACCUUCCUACUUCACACUGAACUCUCACCCUGCCACUUCCUGCCGUAACAUCGUCGUCUGGAGGAAGGAGAAUCGAUCCGCCGUCUCUCUCUCUCUCACAGGAACAUUCCCCAUGUUCAGCCCCCCCACGCCCCACGGCCGCCCCGCCCAGGCCAGAGGGGGAGUGCUCUCUGUUCCUCAUCCUCCUCGUCAUACAGCCGUUGAUGUGCUACAUGUAUGAUCACAGCGUUUGUUUCCUUCUGUUGGCAAUACUCCAUAUUUAUAUCGCUUUCAGAUUUUCAAGACUCAGCCACCAUGCCCUCAGUGAUUAGUUCCUGUCUAUAUGAUUCUGUUGUUGUAAUGUCACACAGUUAGCAGUGAUUGGGCAGCACCUUGCUUUGAGCUCGGCCUCUGAUUGGCUUAGGGGCUGUGGCGCAUGCCAGUGUAAAGAAGGCCAUUGGUCGCCUUUGUAGACGUGUGUUAGCUUUGCUCUCGCACCACUGCGUAUGUACCACAAGCACUGACAAUGAAUAGCGCUUCUCUCAUUAGGGCAUGCUAGCUACUGAGGUGGUGGAAUUAUUCUGGCGCUGCAUGAAUUGAAGUAACCUGAAGGAACAUUAUGGUAAAUGGUCAAUACUUUGUCUUAUAGUCCCUUAAAGUUGUCAGAGGUUAUUCAUUGCGUUAUCAGUGCUGUCUGUCGACCAUGGGAAUUGUUUUAAUCUUGCCAAUGCAUGCACUGGUCUGAUAUAGUUUGUGUGUUUACUUUGUUCUGUUUGCUGUGUGUAACUGUCAAUUUGACCUCUCUCUCUUCUCUAACUUCUCUCUCUUCACCCUGUGUUUUCUGACUAUCGGUGUUCUUCACAAAAAACAAUGCUAAUACAAGUUACAAUCCAUGCGUCUUCAAGUGAAAGCAUUACACUACUGGUCAAAAGUUUUAUAACACCUAUUCAUUUAAGUGUUUUUCUUUAUUUUUACUAUU